UUGGUGUCAGGGGAGGGAGGGGUGCAGAGCAGCAGCAGUGUAGGAAAAGAGGAGGAAGCAGCAAGGAUGGCGGAGUCACACCUCUGAAGGAAAUCUUCAAGGGAUUGAAAAUAAACUUUGAUGACCUUUGCAGCCUGAAAGAACUUAUAUCUGAAGGUCCUGGGAUUGUAUGCCGUUCAAACACUUAAGCAUGUGGCCCAUGGGUGCCCCAAUCCAGCUACUUCAAAGGAUUUUUUCACCCAUGGCAUUUUAACAAAGGAACAAAGUAUCAAAAGUGUCCCAAAAAAAAAAACCUUUGGAUCACAAGGUCUUUAUUUCCAGGAUCAUUAUAAAUGUGUGGGCCUGAACAGGGAUGUUUUCCGUAAAAGCCUCCUGGGCUGUCUGCGUCCCUUUUUUCCAAAAUAAGUAAGCCGACAAGAGAGACUCCCAUGAGCAACUCUGCAGGAGGCCCGAUAACGUCGACAUGAGUAGUACUUUAGGAAAAGAAAAAGAGUCGAAAGAAAAGGACCCUAAAGGUGGUCCAGCCGGGAAAGAAAGGGAAAAGGAGGCCAAGGCUCUAGCCAGCUUAGUCAAGGAUGGGGGCAAAGAAACUAAGACCAAAGGGAAAGAUGCCAAAGAAGGAAAGAAGGACACCAGCAGCUCGACACCGGGUGUUGCCUUCUCCGUUGACAAUACAAUAAAGCGGCCAAACCCGGCACCAGGCACGCGCAAGAAGUCCAGCAAUGCCGAGGUGAUCAAAGAGCUUAACAAGUGCCGGGAGGAGAACUCGAUGAGACUGGACCUGUCGAAACGGUCCAUUCACAUGCUGCCCACCUCCAUAAAGGAGCUGACACAGCUGGCUGAACUCUACUUAUACAGCAACAAGCUGCAGAGCCUGCCGGCUGAGGUGGGUUGCCUGUCAGGCCUGGUCACUUUGGCCCUGAGUGAGAACUCCCUGACCAGUUUGCCGGACUCCCUGGACUCCCUCAAGAAGCUGCGGAUGCUCGACCUCCGGCACAACAAGCUGAGGGAAAUACCGGCCGUUGUCUACCGGCUGACGUCGCUUGCCACGCUGUACCUACGCUUCAACCGAAUCACAACAGUGGAGAAGGACAUCCGAAACCUGUCAAAGAUCACCAUGCUCAGCAUACGUGAGAACAAGAUCAAACAGCUGCCUGCAGAGAUAGGCGAACUGUGCAGCCUCAUAACUCUGGAUGUUGCCCAUAACCAGUUGGAGCAUCUACCGAAGGAGAUUGGGAAUUGCACACAGAUAACCAACCUCGACUUGCAGCACAAUGAACUCUUGGACCUCCCAGAAACUAUAGGCAAUCUGGCAAGCAUAAACCGCUUAGGUCUUCGAUACAACAGAUUGUCGGCCAUCCCCAGAUCAUUAGCCAAAUGUCGAGAACUGGAGGAGCUAAACCUCGAGAACAACAACAUUUCAGUGUUGCCAGAGGGCUUACUGUCGAGUCUGGUCAACCUGACCAGUCUAACACUGGCCAGGAACUGCUUCCAGUCGUACCCCGUUGGAGGACCGUCCCAGUUCUCCACCAUUUACUCCCUGAACAUGGAGCACAACCGAAUCAACAAGAUCCCUUUCGGUAUCUUCUCCAGGGCCAAAGUGUUAAGCAAGCUCAACAUGAAGGACAACCAGUUAACGUCUCUGCCGCUGGACUUUGGCACAUGGACUAGCAUGGUUGAGCUGAAUCUGGCCACCAAUCAGCUGACAAAGAUCCAAGAAGACGUCUGUGGUUUGGUCUCUCUGGAGGUUUUAAUAUUGUCCAAUAAUCUCCUCAAGAAGCUACCACAUGGUAUUGGGAAUUUGAGGAAACUACGUGAGCUGGACUUGGAGGAAAACAAGUUGGAAUCUCUACCCAAUGAAAUAGCUUAUCUGAAAGAUUUACAAAAACUGGUGUUGACAAAUAACCAGCUGACUACGUUACCCAGAGGCAUCGGUCACCUCACCAACCUCACUCAUCUUGGUUUGGGGGAGAACCUGCUGCAGCAUCUUCCAGAGGAGAUUGGUACACUGGAGAACCUGGAGGAGCUGUACCUCAACGACAACCCCAACUUGCACAGCCUCCCGUUCGAGCUGGCCCUCUGCAGCAAGCUGUCUAUCAUGAGCAUCGAGAACUGUCCCCUCAGCCACCUGCCGCCGCAGAUCGUCGCCGGAGGCCCCUCCUUCAUCAUCCAGUUCCUCAAGAUGCAGGGACCGUACCGUGCCAUGGUCUGAGCCCGGAGCAGCUCCAUCCCAGACCUACUUAAGACCCCUCCUCUCGCUCUGCACUCUGACGCCCGCCCGCCACACUACGUGUAUCAUACACUGUAAAGAAAGCAGUCCACCAAAAUCAGUGGUGGGGGCAAACAGGACGAGGAGGGGGGGGGGGAGGAGGAGGAGGAGAUGUUUCUUUCACCAUCCUUAGGCAGACUCGAGGGGAUUCUUUGGAGGCGUGGCUAUCGUGGUCAUUCUCGGACCCCUGCUUAUCUUUCAUUCCGAAACCGUACAAAAGGAAAAACAUUUCCCUCCGUUUGCCAAAAACUGAAGAUAUAUAAAGUUCUAUAUAUUGAGUAACUGUGAGCUACGUGGCAAGUCUUUGAAACAUAUACGCCGUGCUCCCAUCGCCAAUGUAUCUACAGUCAUUACAUCAUGUGAGCGAGGAAACAACUGUAUGCAAAAACGCCGUCACAUUUAUUGCUGCUGCCGUAACCCUGUCCUCUCGCCACGGUCGCUUUGGAUACGCCCUCUUUCUUUUGUUUUUACAUCAGCGUCACUCAGAAUCACUUCUGUUAACGGCUUCUUGACCGCAGAGAACAAAAAGGUCUACGGACGGCGUGCUUUUUUUUAAAACUGUGCCUACGUUACGAGCGAGCCGCAGGGUCACCUCUAAACGCAAAUGUCCGUGAGAAUACAAAGGUAUAAAUUAUUUCAAUGGUUCUUUUUUUUUUUUAUCACUGCUGUUUUUACCUUCUUCUUCUCUUUUUGUUUUUACUGCUUCUUCUUCUGCUGUUGCAUUAAUCUGUAAUCGAGCGAUAUCGGCUGUAAAAACGCGGCGCUCGGAGGCGUGUCUAACAAACUGCGGCGGCAGUCGUCGAACAUGAAGCCGGUAAUGUUUGUAAACAAACGUGAGAAACGCUGAUCACGCCUGCUUUAAAAGAAAAGAAAAAUAUCUGAGGUGGGUGGCGCUGUGACCGCCGCCGCCGAUAUCGCUUCAUGUGAUAAAAGGUAUUUAAAAACCACGGUUGGCGGGACGAGCGGUCAGAGCGUUUUUGUUUUUUUUAUGAUGUAAACAAAUCCUGGUUGUUGCCUUGAGUGCAAUUUUUUAAUUCUGUUUACUUCUUUGAUAUUAUCGCCAGUGUCGGGCUGCACCGCUGUCGUUCAAUUGAUCGUCGACCAACAUAUCAGAAAGGAAACGCCGGCGUCUGUCGCGGGCGUGGCGAGCUUAAACGAAAGUGAAAUCAUCACACAUUGACGUUUAAUCUCGGACCGGGUCUCUGAAUUUUAACUUCUUAAUAUCUUCUUUGUCCCACACUGUCCCAGCAAUGCUGCUGCUCUUAUGCACUUUUUACGGAGACAUUGGCGCCCUCUAGAUGACGUAAACACACACAGCAGCCUCUCAGCGGUGACUCGCGGCGAGGGGCACUCGGUCUCUUAAAGAAGUAUUUUAUCGUGUGCAUUAAACGUGGACGUUGGCGGGCUCAGAAUAGGAUCCUUUUUUUUUUUAACCUGUCAGGAACUCGCUCUCUUGAACUGUGACAGAUUUUUCCGUGCGGCCGUGAGAUGUUUCCCACACGUUGCUUCGUCCUUGGCGAGCGCACGGUUUACUUCACAUCAGGAUUGUUUAUUUUGAAAUCAUUUGACGGUGAGUGUUUUCUUAAUGAGAUGUAAUAUUCAGUUAGUAUUAUUUUCAAGUGUACAUGAAACAUCCCGAGCGGACGGUCGGCGACCCGACGUUACUUUUUCAAAACGUGUUGCAUCCCAGCUCGCUCUUCAAUCAUGAUUCUGUUACUCGAUGGAAACAUGUGGGUCUACUUUUUCUUGCAGCAGCUUUUGCGUGUUUCAGUGGGCUGUGGUUCGGUCUCCUCCUCGGGGAGAGCUGAGCGAUGACGGCGCCGCAGCUCACCUCCGCUCUGGGGGGGGGGGGGGGGGGCGGGUUUGAGGUGAACGAUGUACCGCUGCUUCUUAUUUACCAGCAGAACCUUUUGCUGCUUCUGUGGACUGAAACUGAUGCUGUACAAGACGACGGAGGGAGGGAGGGAGGGGGGGGGCUGGACAAAGGAAAUAUCCACUGAUACAGACUUCACUAAAAAACCUGACAAGAGACAAACCCCCCUGAGCUUUUCCAUCGGGCGUCAGGCUCGCUGGUUUCUCUCACAGAUCAAAUCGUUGGGACGCAGCGAUGAGACAACAAGGUGCAUAUUUGAGCUUCACGCACUUACAGUUUAAGACUGUCGGGGAAAAAAGACAAAAAAAAAAUGUAAAAAGGGCUUUCUGUGUUCACGCUCGACAACACACCGGAGGCAUUGCAUUCCUGGGUUUUCUAUCAAAGCUUUGGAAGUUUCUUUUUCUUUGUGUAUUUUCUUUGAGCUGUAAACUAUUGUGUGACAAAUGCCUUCAACGAGUACUCAAAAGUGAGAUGUGCAUUAGGUAUGCAGCGCCAGUGCUGUGACCCGUUUUUACAUUCAGUCUCUGUUUUUUACUUUUGUCAUGUGCCAUUUUGCGACGGGGGUGAGCGUGCCAGUGUACGGAGAGGAAGGCGGGGCGGAAACUGAACCGGGGCGGAUCGACCGGAGAGCAUUUAUCAGAUCCUGGAAUGUAGUUUUUAACGUGCGGAGGAGGAGUAGGAGGAGCCCGCUCAGUCAGAGGACUGUUGUUUGGAUCCAAAAGAUGAUUUAGAGUACCGCUGCAUCCAAAAUAAUCAGAGUAGAAUUGGUGUUUAUUUUUCUAAUGUCUGUGAUUUGCAGCCGCUGAGGGCGUCGCUGAAUCUGUGGUUUCGCUCCUCUCUGGUUUAUAAUCGAUCUUUUUUUCUUGCCUGGUCGUUUUGUACAGGAAACAAGCAUGUUGACAUGACUGGCAGAACCGGGGCGUUUCUGCGUAGAGGACUUCGAUUUAGUGGCUAUUCGGUGUGUCUGCAAACGCUCCCUUUUUUUUUUUGUACAUUACAAAGGGUAUCGAGGCGUUGCGUUUGGCGAUGCUUCUCCUACUUAAUCGACUUUGACAAGCAGCCUUAAUGCUCUUUUUUUUUCUUCUUUCACGUGUUUGUUGGGCGACUCCUCGUGUCUAAGGCCGCUGACUGUACUCGAUGACGAAGGUUAAAAUGUUCUUUUGGCUCUGGUUACUCUCUGUCAUCUUCUUCUUUUACCCUGUACAGAAAUGUGGCGUCCUGGUCAACUCAGUAUUACGACGUCUGUAAUGUGACGACAGUAAACGCCAUCGUGCUACCAAGUGGAUGUGCGUCAGCUUGCGUCUCACUUGGCUUCGGCGUUCAAGGGGAACUCCACCAAAACUUACUUUUUUUCCUUUUUUUUUCCAACAUGUGUUUUUCUCUCCGCUCAUAUCGUGCGGUCGCCCGUAGUUCUGAAACGUGACAGCCACUUUUCAAAUAGUUCAUGUUGCCGUUGGAUCACAUUUUCUUCAUCUGAUAAAGCACAUAACUACAUCCACAUCCUGCUUAAGUCAGUUCAAGUGGAGUGGCCCUUUAAGGCGAAGCGUCCCUUCUCUCUCCCGUUUGCUCCGCGUCUUGAUUCGAGCGCCGCACGUUCACCGAGCAGAACCUUUGAUUAAAAACCACCACGCAGAUAAAUCGCUCUUCUUCUUCUCCUCCGGUCAGUAAAGGGAUCCGGCUCCACGGAUUGGGCAGAUGUUGAAGGUGUUUUUUGGGGGGGGGGGUCGAGCAGAUGCAGACGUGACUACCUCUAUGUGAGUCUUCAUCGCUAACCACGGUGACCAACAUCCGGUGCGAGGUGUUCCUACCUGUUCGCACACAGACGCGUGUUGAAGCGGGAACGUAGAUCUGGACCAGCAGUUCUCUUUUUGUUUUGUUUUUACUAAGCAUCCUUCAGUUGUUUUUUAUUUCUGUUAAACACCUUUAUAAAAGUAUUAUUUUGAAAAGCAAAAGAGGAAGUAAACACUGAUUUGUGUGCUUGUUGUAAAUGACAAACUUAAUCAAUGCCGCCCCAUUGUAAGAGAAAACAACUAGCUGCAGAGUGCCGCUCUGCAAACGAGUAAAAAUGACCAUGUUUGGUGAUGUUCUGUAUGUACAUACAUCUUUUUAACUGUAAUAAACCGAUAAAUAUUUACAAAUUUA